CACAAAUCUUGCGCACCAAACAACAGAACAACGUGGGCUUCUUGUUGUUGAAGAGCACUGCUGAUUAUGGUUGUGUUGCGGCCCUGUGUCUCUGUCUCUGUCGCUGUCCACACCACACAACCUUCCCUCCCCCCCCCCCUUACAUACGCCUCCAACAGCUGCAAACAAUCAGCAACAAUCAGCGACAGCAACAAGCAGGCAAGCAGGAACAAGCAAGUAGUAACAGCAACAAGCAGUCAAGAACAAGCAGUUGUUGCUGUGUCAUUUUGUUCUCUGUUGCGUACAUCGCACCCAAUGUCCACAGCCAUGGGGUUGGAGUGUGUACACGAGCUGCGGGAUGUGGGCAAGCGGCUGUUUGCUCAGCAGCGCUACCAGGAUGCACGCAACGCGUACACAGAAGCGCUAGAUGUCGUAUAUGAACAGCGCCAAAAAGACGGUGCAAACAAGCACAAGGCGCUCACCGCCGUCCUCCUCAGCAACCGUGCAGCAUGCCACGCCAAGCUCGGCCAACUGCAAGACUCGCUUCAGGAUUCAAUGCAGGCAACAGCACUCAACCCAACCUGGCCCAAGGCGCACACACGCGCCGCCACCGCCCACGCGCUCCUUGCAAACUGGAAGGAGGCCCUGUUCCACUACACGGUGGCCACGCAGCUCGCAAACCAUCCGCACCACCGCGACGGCAUCGUGUCCUGCCUUCUCGCCCUGCUCACCGAACACGAUCGACCCGCCAGCAUCACCCGCGAAACGGCCGCGCGUAUGCUGCUGCUCUGCCCGUUCUCCGGCGACGUGCUGCACACGCCAGUCACACACCACACCGGGCUGUCAGUGUCCAAGCUCAGCCUAGCUGCCGCGCCGCUGCCGCUCGCCCACCUUGAGCCUUGCUUUCCCCAAACCCCAUGGGAUGUGGACACCCCUGCCUGCGAUGUUGCGCUCGCACGCGUCAUUGAAAAGCUGCGCCCAAGGGAAACACAAGCUCAGGUGAAAGCAAGCCCCGUGCUCAGGGCAGUGCUGGACAUGUGUUCACAGCAUCAGGAACAGCAAGAACACGAACCGGAGCGUGCGACGACAAGCACGACUCAAACGACACCCGCCACCAGCAGCAUGCACAAUCAUGGGGGCACCGGCAACACUGCUGCCGCUACCACACAUGACUAUGCUGUUGUUGAUGUUGAUCUGGAUGAUCAUGAUCAUGCAGAAGACGAUGACGUUGAUGUCGGUGAUGAUGAUGAUGAUGAUGAUGAUGAUGAUGAUGAUGAUGAUGAUGAUGAUGAUGAUGAUGAUGAUGACAACGAGCACACGCCAGAGCUGGUGCAGGUUUAUGCAGGGAGGAAUGUGAGCGCUUCUUCACUGCCGCUGCAUGCAAGACAGCAGCUCUCCUCUCUUGAAGAGCAAACAAGAACUCUCUGUCACACCGACCCGUGUCCAUUCAGCUUUCUCGCCUGGGCAAAGGUCAAGAUGCUGGAGCAGGCAUGGCAACCAGCCCUUGACUGUCUCACACAAGCAGUCGCCCUCUUCCCGCACAGCGGCCUCCUGUACUUGCACAAGGCGGAGUGUGAGGCUGAGCUACGACGAGGGGAGUGCGUGCAAUCACUACUCGCUGCUGCCACAAACACCUGUCGCCCAACUCGCCUCUGGCCGUCUGUGUGCGACGCCUGGUUGCACGUAGCUUCCACCGCUUGCCCCAUUGCCCAUGUUGGCUCCGUUGAGUUUGCCCAGCACCUCACAGCGGUGAUUGAGCGGUGGUGCUGCUUGCCGCCGGGCGCCACAAUGGAUGCAAGCGACGACAUUAGCGGCAAUGCCAGCCAGAGCGAAGGCAGCAACAGCGGGUGUGGGAUCGCAUCAAGCAAAGACAAGUCCGAGGAGGGAGAAGGCGACGAAGGAAGACAAGGAAGAGAUGAGUGCGACCAACACGAGGUGGAAUGUACCUCUCCCACGGUUACAAUGAACGUAGCAGGUGAAGAAGACGAGGACGAGCAGGAAGAAGAGCAGGAAGAGCAGCAGCAGCAACAACAACAACAACAACAACAACAACAACAACAACAACAACAACAACAACAACAACAACAACAACAACAACAACAUGACGGUGAUGAUAUUGAUGGGGAGAAGGACCACGGUGGCGUGCUGUGCGCAAGUGAUGUGGAGUGCCAGCUGUGCUUUGGCGUGCUGUACGAGCCUGUCACAACCCCCUGCGGCCACUGCUUCUGCCGCGUGUGCAUCACCCGCGCAUUGGACCACGCUCCUCGCUGCCCCAUGUGCCGCUCCUCCCUGCGCCACUUUCUCUCGCGCCGUGAGUACGCGACCACGUGCGUCAUGGAGGAGGUGAUCCAGCGCCGGUUUCCACAUGAGGUCGAGCUGCGGCAACAGCAAGUGUUGGAUGAGCUUGCAGAACAACACGACCUCCUCCCCAUCUUCGUUUGCAUGCUGAGCCUGCCCGGAUGGCCGUGUCACCUUCGCAUCUUUGAACCGCGCUACCGACUCAUGAUUCGACGAUGUCUGGAAUCUGGUACCCGCCGGUUUGGCAUGUGUACGUACACGGAGGAUGGGGCAGCAGAGUACGGCGUGCUGCUGAGCAUCGACCAGUGCGAGUUUGCGUCAAAUGGGGAGAUCUACAUUGAGGCCACAACCACUCGGCGCUUUCACAUCGUUAGCUCAGACACGCGUGACGGAUAUCUCGUAGCACAGGUUGAGUACGUCGAGGACGAGGAGCAAGACCCGCAGGAGAUGAGUGCCAGUGGCGUGCCAUAUGUCGACCUGGUGCAGCAAGCACGUGCCUUUGCCAACACACUUUUCAAUCGAUUUGGCAAUCCAUUCCUCUAUUCCCGCUUUGGUGGCGUACCUGACAACGACGAUCUCAUUGCUUUUUGGCUGGCCGGUGCCAUCCACGUCGACCCGACAGUUCAGUACCACAUGCUCAGCUCAACGUCCAAGCUUGAGCGCCUUUCGGCGGUGUUGGCGCUGAACAGCCAACCCCGAUGCAGCGUCAUGUAAUCGUCCACGCGUCUGCGACGCACGUGUGCACGUGUGCACUUCUGUUAUUUACUUUGCGUCGGUUAUUCAGCGCGACACCCCCCCCCCCCCAAAAAAAAAAAGAAAAAAAAAAACCUUGGCCGUGCCUUGGCAAUAGUGCCACAACUCAACAAGCAUCACGCUCAUAAACGAUCGAUCAAACGUCAACGAGAGACAAAGUGUCAGCGGG